GUGGCUCGAAGGUGCGUCCGCUGCGAGAGGUAAAUCAGACCGGUACACAGCUGGCAGAGUGACAUUAAACCGCAAUGGGGCAAUAUACAGGCCUGGGAAACCGGCGAUAGGGCAAUGAAUCGGCCUGGUAUAUCAAAAUUUCUUUCCCUUCUCUGCUGGAAGCUGGAGUACGGAUCAAUGGGUUCUGCAUGCUCUGUGGCAUUUUGUCAAUAUGGCCUUUCAUCUUGUGUGAGGCUAGAAUAAUGGCUGCUUUUGCAAGAUUACUAGUGAUUCUAAUCUUCCUGUUAAACAUCCCUCUCCUGGUUGGAAUAGAAUUUGACCCCUACAAGUUACUGGGAGUUGGAAGAACUGCAACCCAAGCAGAAAUAAAGAAAGCUUAUAAGCAGCUGGCUCGGGAAUGGCACCCUGACAAGAAUAAGGACCCAAAGGCAGAAGAUCAAUUCAUUCAGAUUAGCAAGGCAUAUGAGAUUCUUUCAAAUGAUGAGAAGAGGUUGAAUUUUGAUAAAUAUGGAGAUAUUGAUGGACAGCCAGGAAACCACCAACAACCACAGCACCACUUUCGGAGUUUUCAUAAAUAUGACAGCUUCUUCUUCGAUGAGUCUGUUUUUAACUUUCAGUUUAAUUCUGCCCAUGACUCAUUUGAUGACAAGUACUUACUGCAUUUCUCUCAGUACAUGAAUGAAGUUGUGCCAGACAGCUAUAAGAAACCCUAUCUCAUUAAAGUGACUUCUGACUGGUGUUUCAGCUGCAUUCACAUUGAGCCAAUCUGGAAGGAAGUGGUGCAGGAACUUGAACCUCUAGGUGUUGGGAUUGGUGUCAUUGAUUCAGGUUAUGAGCGGCAGUUGUUAAAUCAGAUUGGGGUAUAUCAGCACCCAACAAUAGUGGGAGUCAUCAAUGGAAGAGUGUCAUUCUUUAAGAAUGCUGUUGUUCAAGAAAAUUUGAGGCAAUUUGUGGAAAACCUUCUGUCAAAUAAGCUUCUGGAUCUGAUAACCGACAGGAACUAUGGACAAUUUCUGUCUGCUUGGGAGCAAGAGAACAAGCCACAUGCAUUAAUAUUUCACCAGAAACCUGCAGUGCCACUGUUGUACAAGCUGACUGCGUUCCAGUUUAAAGACUAUGUUGCAUUUGGUUAUGUGGAGACUGAUAUAGAAAAGACUGAGGAAAUUCUAACUAAAUACAAUAUAAAUAGAUACACAUCUACCAUAAUGAUUUUUAAGGAGAACAUAGAGAAAGCAUCUGAUGUUAUUCAGGCCAAAGUAAUGAAAAGGCAAUUAAUAGAUCAAUUGGUUUCUAGCAACAAAUUCCUAUUGGCUCCUCGCCUUACAAACCAAAGACUUUUCGAGGAGUUGUGCCCGGUGAGACAGUAUCGUCGCCAGAAGAGAUACUGUGUCCUGCUAAUAAUCGGAGAGAAACUUAAGCUGAAAACCCCACACUACUCCUUUAUUUCCUUUGCCUCUGUGAAUCCUAAAGAGUCUCUAAGAUUUGCAUAUGUAUAUCCAGAACGUCAACAAGCCUUUAUUAAUGCCUUACUCCCACCAGCACUGAGAAGUGGUGCCACAUCAAAUAUUGUGAUUCUACAGCAAAGCACUACUCCAGGAAAAGUGUUCUAUAAAUUGCUUGAAAAUGGAUGGAAUGGAAGCGAAGGAGAUAAAAUCCAACUUUUUACUGAGGUGAAUCAGUUAUUAGAAGUGGGGCACCACACAUUCUUCUCCCAUGAAGCCAUUUUGCCUGAACUAAAUGACGAAUUUGCACCUAUUUUCCUCUUACGCUGGCUGUAUGCCAUGAGAGAUUAUGCAUUGCAAAUCUGGGAUUCUGGGUUCACUCAGAACUGGAGAGAGAUGAUGCCCUUGAUUUCUCUGCUUUUUUCUGUGGUUUUCAUUCUGCUUGGAGCAUUCAUCAUUCAAGCUUUUGGCGAUCCAAUAGACCUGGAGAGGGGGUCUGAAUCUCAGAAAAGGGAGGAACCGGCAACAGCAAAGGUUCCGGAUAUUACAAAAAACCAGCAAACCAAUACCUCCAAGAAUUUAAGGUCAUCGGAGCAGGAUUUUGUGGAAGUGACUGAACUGACUUAUGUUAACUAUAUGAGCAACCUUGUGCGCCUCAUGCCUGGAAACAUAAAUGUUCUGGUUGCUGUUACUGAUGCUACGAAGAAUAUUUUGAUACAAAGGUUUGCACACGAAGUCUAUCCUGUUACCUGGAAUAAGUCGUUACAUUUUUCCUUUCUAAACUUAUCAAAACAUGGCAAGUGGCUGGAAGAUCUGUUAGAGUAUGCCAAGGACCCUGCCCGAAUUUCCGAUAAACAAAAUGAAAAUCACCACAACCAGAACUAUGCUGGCUACGUAUUAGCACUAAAUGGCCAUCGGAAAUACUUUUGCCUGUUUAAACCCAAACUCCAUAAUGAAGUUGAGAACCAUGGUGCACUGAAUAGCUCAGAAGCAACAAAAGGCGGGACUGGAUCGGACACGACAGCUAAUACAAAGGAAACAGACGACCCACACCAACAUACAUUUAGUUCCAAUCCAUCUGUUAAACAGACCAAGCAACUGCUCAACAGACUUAACCUAUGGAUGGACAGGCUGCUUGAAGGGAUUCCACAACGAUAUUAUGUACCAUUUUGGCCUGAGCUUCACUGAUAUUCUGUA